ACAACUCAAGAACGACAUCUCAUCCAAAGAGAUCGAGCAUCCAAGCAUUCACUAGGCCUUCUCCUCGGGGGAGGAGAAGGCUCUGGUGAGGAAGAUAGACUUAAGCCUAUUGCCAACAAUCUGGGUCAUGUACCUGCUUUCCUACUUGGACAGAACCAAAUCUCCGGAAUGCAAACCGAUCUCAACCUGUCCUCCAACCAAUAUUCAGUUCCCUUGGUGGUAUUCUUCGUCGGCUAUGUUAUUUUCGAGGUACCAAGCAACCUUGUCCUAGGUCGCACACGCCCGUCCAUAUCCCUUCCCAGCAUCAUGCUUGUCUGGGGAACUCUGACAUGUCUCAUGGCUGUUGUCAAGGAGUUCAGGCAUCUCGUGGUUCUCCGUGUCUUGAUUGGAUGUGUCGAAGCUGGCUUUGCCCCUGGUGUGCUUCUUGUGCUGUCAUCCUGGUACAAGCGAACCGAACAGUCUAAGAGAUUCGGUGUCUACAUUUCCGCGGCCAUUCUUUCGGGUGCAUUCGGUGGCUUGCUGGCCGCUUUGAUUGUGAAAUAUCUCGAAGGUGUGCAUGGGAUUCGGGGAUGGAGAUGGUUAUUCAUCGUCGAGGGCGCAGCCACGAUUGGAUGGGCGCUCGUGGCCGGAUAUAUGUCUUCUAACCUCGGGUCUCAUUUUUGCCAGGUAAUUGUUGGCUCCAGCACGCUCACUUACUUUUACCCCACACUCGUCAAGGGUCUUUUCGGCAAUGCGUCCACAGAGAAAAUCAAUUUCCUAACCAUGCCAAUCUAUGAAGUUGCAUUUAUCUGUACAGCUAUCACUGCCUACUUCAGCGACAAGAUCCCAGCGUGGCGAGGUCUGGUUAUCGCUUGCUGGCUCACAUUCUCGUUGAUCUGCUCGAUCGUUAUCUGUGUGGCAACUAAUGCUGGUACCCUGGCCUUUGCCUCGUCCGCAUUUGCUGGCAUGCAUGCCCAGGCGCGCGGUGUGAGUCUGGCGCUGGUCAAUGUCCUUGGAAAUUUGUCUGAGAUUUAUGGCUCAUAUCUCUUCCCUAACUCAGAUCGCCCCAAAUACAUCAAGGGCUUCUCCGUCAUAUCUGCAAUGUUGGUGGUAGGAAUAGUCGUUUUCAGUGGGUUGCAUAUCUGGUUCAGACGAAACACAAAGGCUUUGGCUGGGGCAUGA